AGUCUGAUAAAUUAUUUUGGUCAAUGCAAAGAUAUGCUUCUUUUUAGUUGAUACUAGAGGCGUCUUCCAUAAUUAUAUUUGUACAGGUAAGCGUCCUUGAAGCACUGCAGAAGUCCUAAAAACAAACAAACCACUGCCGUGUGGGGAUUGUAGAAAACGACGCGUACGAUUACAACAUUCAUUGAUGGAUUCUUUUUAAAGGAAUUGCCUCUGUGGAAAAUAAGUGGUUUGAGUUACUGACGUGUGAAAUGCCAUAGCAGCGUCUCAACGAGAUUCCGAUCUUAUCUUUCUCCCUUUUGUCACUUCUUCACUUUUUCUAGAAUUAUCUUCAGGGUAACUGAUACGGGUAAAAGAAUGUUUGAAAUGAACAACACAGGGACACUGCCUGUUCUUCUUGCCCUCGCUGCCAUUGUUUUAACUUCCAUCCUUUUUGUGAUCUUGAAAUUCUGCAGAAACUCUAAGAGAGUUCCAGCGCAGACGGUCCCAGAAGAUGUGGUACUUUUGCACCACUGCGGUCAGGGACCUCACGCCCCCAGCUUGUCGCCAUUCAUCCUCAAACUGGAGACUUUUCUUAGAGUGACCCAGACUCCCUAUCAGAUUAUUCGAGAUUACAAAAUGGGACCAAAAGGCAAAGUACCCUGGAUAGAGUAUAGUGGGACCAAUAUGUGCGAUUCUCAAUUGUGUAUGGAAUAUUUGAAGAUCAAGUUAAACCUAGAUCUAGAUGAUCACUUGUCUGUCAAAGAAAAGGCCAUUAGUACAGCCUUCCAGCGAAUGGUGGAUGAACAUACCUAUUGGGUAAUGGUACACUGGAGAUGGGAUUUUGAUCGAGAGAAGAUCUGCUUUAAGCAAGCAAACUGGGGGAGCCUCGCUCUGACUGUCUCUGCGUACCUCCAAAGGAGGGCCGCCUGGACGCAAGGCGUCGGCAGACAUAACAAAGAGGAGCUGUUGGAAAUAGUCAGGAAAGAUUUCUCAGCAUUGUCAGAUUUUCUAGGAACAAAGCACUUCUUUUUCGGAGACAGGCCAUCAUGUGUGGACUGCAGUGUUUUUGGGCAGCUAUCACAGUUCCUGUGGCAUUUACCGGGGUCAGAGCCCAACGCCAUGCUUAAAAAGGAAUUCCUCAACUUGUAUGAAUUCUGUCAUCGGAUGAAGGAUCAUUUUUGGCCUGAUUGGAAUGACAACAUUUUGUUACCCACAAAUUCAUAGUCUAAAUACCCCAACUUUUUCUAUCUUUUCCCAGAAGUGUUACCUAUGAUAUUUGUUAAUGCUUUAUAAACAUGACACACUUCCUGAGUGAUUUGGAGCCUAGGCCGAAAUAUCUGACGUUUUCCUGGCCUUUUUAACGAUUUCAUUAUUUUACAUGCCAGGAAAACGUCAGAACCCGCCAUUACAAUUGUGUGUAUUCUUCAGUGAAGAAAUAACAAGGAGAGGAUCAUAAUUAUGCUUCCUUUACUGCUGCCAUUUUCAUGUGCCUGAAGUUGUGAGCACUGUGAUACAAAGUAUUCUUUACAUGCAGAUUUUUCCUACUAUAUCAAAAUAAUAGACUCGAAUUUUUUUGGCCUUUAAUACCGAUAAACUGUUGCUGUAUUUCGCUGUAUUUCGUUUUAAAUAUCUUAAACAUCAUUGUUACUUGAAGAUUACCAAUUUUUUUUUUAUUUUUUUCUCAAUCAAGCUUCACUAAUUAAUAAUCAACGAAAAUUUCUCAAAAAAUUCUGAUGAUGGAAAUCAAAUUUUUGGAUUUUACAGUCUUGCGCAUGCGCAUUACAUUCACGCUAAAUCACAGGAGGUUCUUUAGUUUAUGUUUCCGCAAUAUCAUAUUUGAAUGGAUAAACUCAGAAACGAUAAAACGAAUACGUGUAAGUUUUCAUUGGAAAUUUGCUAAUAUAUUCUGUUCAUCAAAAUACGGGAGAUAACUCUAACACAGUGCAUUUACUAUGAAAAAUCCCGAGAGUUCCGAAUGUCAACAUGGUGUGUUUUAAAAUGAGUAAAAACACGUUGGUGAAAAG